AUGAAGGCGGGCAUGCUUCUUGACACCAUGUACAUGUCUGCAACUACCAAGAAGGCAUACCAGCUGUCAGUCGGUGCUGUCGUGGGCACCAAGGCGCUCAUCAAGUCUGUGGGCACCAGCGCCUACACCUACAUGCCCAACAUCCAGUGUGGUGCCGGUAUUGCCCACGGUAUUGACAACGUGCUCCUGCCCAUGAGCAUGACUACGGUCACCAAGUACAUUUAA